AUGCAGGCUCCUCCACAUAGUAACUCAUACUUCUAUGAUUACAAAGAGCAUCAUAGUAUUCAUCUGCUGGCCUACAUUGAUGCUUAUAAAAAAUUUAUCAUUGUCGAAAUAGGUGCAGCUGGUCGUCAAAGCAAUGGUGUAUUUAAUAACAGUAAAACGGGCCAAAUGAUCAUGAAUCACCAGCUGAAUAUCCCGCCCCCACAACCAUUGGUUCCAGGGGGAUGCAAGCUUCCGUACAUUUUUUUGGGCGAUGAAGCCUUUGGGCUAAGUGAAUUUACUUUGACUUCAUACCCAAGAAGCUCAAAGCUCGACAUGAAAAAAAAGGUGUUAAACUACCGGCAGUCUAGAGCUCGAAGGAUAGUUGAAUGUGGUUUUGGAAGAUUUGUUAAAGUGUGGCAAUUAUUUGACAGUCGUGUAAAAAUUUCACUGCCAACAUUAUUAGAAUCAGUGAAAGCUUGUGUAUGUCUACACAACUUCAUUAUUAUGAAAGAUUCAAGUAGCAACAAAAAAACUGAACCCACUUCAAAUACACAGCAGUGUGAAGACUUGGAAGAAAAUUUAUAUUUAUUCAAGAGUGACAGGGCUAGACAAGUUGCUGCUGUACGCAUGCGAGACUGCUUUGCUGACUACUUCAUGAAUGAAGGAGCUGUGCCAUUUCAAUGGAAAAAAGCCAAUAAUGCUGACUUUUAA